AUGUCUACUUCUGGCAACCUCACGCUCUCCACGUCUGCUCAGAUCUGCGGUAUCUACAACGGUACCGACAUCCUUUCCUGGCGUACCCGCAUGGAAAACCAUAUCCGGGCCUCAGGGGCCGGAUGGGCUCUGCGCAACACUCGCGCGGAGAUGAAGACGUUGACUUCGGACUUCAAGGAGGUCAACCAAUGGGAGACGCACAACGACACGGCGGUCGGCAAAAUUCUCGAGGCGCUCAGCCACGAUCAGCGCGAGAUUGUUAAGGGCUUGGACGAGGCGCGUGCGAUCCUCGACAAGCUCGCCGGCAGCGCGCAAGCGCGCGGUAUCAGUACCGCGAUCAACGAGCUAAAGGUAGCCCUCAACACCCAGAUCCCUGCCGACACCGACCCCAACCCGGCGAUGGCCAAGAUCAUUGCCUCCCUUGACCGAUACACCUCCCUCGGCGGGAAGGUGCCUGGCGAGUUCGCCGGUGCCAUCCUGUUCUCGAAGAUCCCCAGCGGCUACGAAGCCGCCAAGCACGCCAUCAACGCCACUCAGUACAAGAGUACGGCGGCGCAAGUCACCGCCGGCGCUGGGGCCACAGUCCCCAUUUCUCUUGGUACUCUGACGAAGGAGCUCGUCAUGACGCAUAUCCGCAGCGACUGGGAGCUACGCUCCGCAUCGCAGAAGAAGAAGAAGUCGCCUCAGGUGAAGGAGGAGCAGGCCAACAAGGCCAGCUCCAGUACGAAGCAGUACAACGGCCAGUCGUCAUCCGACGGCAAGAAGAAGCGUCCUUCCAAGAAGGAGCGCAAGGAGCACCAAGCGCAGCAGCAACAGCAGCAGCAACAGAAGCCGGCGGCCGCUAACGCGGCUUCGUCGUCGGCUCCUGCCAACGCGACGCCAUCUCCGGCGCCGCAGAGUGCCGCACCCGCCGCUGCCAACUACUCGGCAACGUUUACAACGCCGGCUCCCAUCUACCACGUCGCGCACGUCGCUUCCGGGCCGUCUGGCCCCUCAUACUCUCCACCGGUAUAUUCCGCGCCGACCCCCGAUCCGCGCAAGCGGUCCCACCAACCCGCGACGGCCUACCAAGGCCGCAGCAGCGCUCCGGCGCCCCCUCACGGAACCGCAGGCGCCCUCAAGCGCCAGCGGGACCAGGGCAUUGCGCCCACGUUCGAGGGAACGCGCGCCGAGUUGCCUGCGUUCGCAGGGGAGACGCCGCUUAUUCAGCGGCUCUCCAUGGGCCCCUCAGCGUCCCCGCCUCUGUCGGCUCGUAUCGAGCCGGUAGAGGAGCCUUCUCGUCCUACCAAGCGCACCAAGUUCUCUGACUACAAAAAGCGUCAGAAGCUUGGUGACCGCCUUGCUGGCGGUGGUUCUUAUGUCGACGACUCUGCGACCGGCCACAAGGGCUGGCUCAACGCGGAGGCGUACGCGGAGUACCAGCAACAGAAGGAGGACCUUCGCCGCUCCAUGGCGCCCACCCCGGUCCAAGUCGCCGAGUACGGCUAUGAGGACGACAUUGAGGAGUUCGAGGGGCGGAGAACGGGCGGUGUCACUCGAUUGCGAGUUGAUCUGGUGAACCAUAUGUAG